AAUAGGCUGUCUCUAGACGUUUUUGAGUUGACAGAAAACAAAAAUGUGUGAUGGAUCCAAAAUUAUGUGAUUCCAAUUACUGUAGGCUGUGCGCCGAAGAAAACAAAAAUGGAAUGCCAUUAUUUUCAGAAAACGAAAAUACAAACAGUUUAGUACUGCUAGUUAAUAAAUAUUUACCAGUCAGGGUGGAGAACGAUUCCAAGUUUCCAAAAACCAUUUGUCCGGGAUGUCACAUACAGUUGGAAGCUACGAAAAUUUUCAUGGACCUCAUCAUAAGUGGUCAGUCGAAACUGAGGAGUUUGUACCAAUGCCAGCAAGAAAAGCUGCUGAAAGAAGCCAGGCAAAAGCAGCAGCUCGAGGAAGCAUUGCAUAGCGUGAACCCGAACAGCACAGUCGAAACUUACACGAUCCACACAGACGAGACGGGAGACAAGUACUUGAUUCAAAUAUAUUCAAAGGGACCUCUAUUCCCCCCAGAACAUGAGUUAUCUUUAAAAGCUGAUGGUUUGGAGAGGCCAAAACGAAAGAGGGGUAGACCACCCAAGCAAAUCGUUGAACAAAAUAAUGCAGAUGAGAAACAAGAUGAAAAAGACGAGGGGGACGUUGAAACAGCACAAGAAGAGGAAGAUAUCGGAGAGGAUGGUCGAAAACGAAGAAAAAUCAAGGCUCCUUCUAGGUUUGCUGGAGAAGUCCAAGGUAAGGAAUUGGAGAAAAUUCUCAAAGAAGAGGGUGUAUUGGACGAUGAAAAUUUCACCGAUGGAACUGAUUUAGAUCCGUCGGUUGAGGAAACUGUUAUAGGACGGACUGAAAACGGUUCUGGCAAGGACCUGGGUGAACCAAUUUUCAUCCAUCGUCCAAAAAAUAGGUCUAGAUUUGGUAGGCUUACAAAUUUAUUUUUCAUGCAGAGCAGAAACAUUGGCGGCAUCAUCCGAAUCCCUGAACUGCCCGAAAACGUCAACACCACUCCCCCGGCUCAACCCGAUCCGCCUUACGAAUGCCCGGAAUGUCGAAAGACCUUUUUGAACAAGCAGAACCUCGAUACCCACAGCCGCACCGUCCACUCGAACGAGAGACCGUUCGAGUGCAAGAAGUGCGGCAAGCGGUUCGCGUACAUCAACAGCUUGAAGGGGCACCUCGCCAAGCAUAACAGAGAGGAUCCCAGUCGGCCGUCCGUCGAGUUUCCCUGCGACUCGUGCUCGAAGAUCUUCCAACACCCGAGCAGCCUACUGUAUCACCAGGAGACGGAGCACAGCGACGGAAGGCGGUUUGUGUGCACGACGUGCGACAAGGGCUUCAAGCACCGCCAGCUGCUGCAGCGUCACCAGCUCGUUCACUCUGACGAGCGGCCGUUCGCUUGCGACAAGUGCGGAGUCACCUUCAAGACGCAAGCGAACCUGACCAAUCACGAGACGCUGCACACGGGUGAGAAAAGGUUCUGCUGCGGCGAAUGCGGCCAGAAAUUCGCGCAUCGCACAUCGCUAAGUCUGCACCAGCGGUGGCACGAGGGUCGCAAGCCGUUCGUGUGCGAGUUCUGCAACAAGGCGUUCUCGCAGAAGGGUAAUCUCUUGGAGCACCGUAGGAUCCAUACGGGCGAGAAGCCGUUCAACUGCGACCGUUGUGGAAAGUCGUUCACGACGUCGUCGCAGUUUAACAUUCACCUCAAGCGACAUACAGGCGAGAAACCAUGGAAGUGCGAAUAUUGCGAGAAGAGCUUCCUCCACAAGGACACGUUUUCGGCGCACGUGCGCCGCCACCUCGACCAGCGGCCGUUCGCCUGCGCGAAGUGCCCGCGAACCUUCAUCGAGCAAUGGGCUCUGAAGCGACACGAACGUAUGCACACGGGGGCGCGUCCCUACAAGUGCGACCACUGUGACAAGACGUUCUCCGACAGUUCGAACAAGAACAAGCACAUGCGCUCCCACAAAUUCGCCGAGAACGUCAAGUAUGUGUUCGCGCCCGCCAACGACGUCGAAGAAGGCGACGACUUGCAAGUGACGCAGCUCGUCGAUCGGCAGGGGUGCCCGAUCAGCAUCACGACGAAGUUCGGCGAGACGGUGCCCGUCGUGUCUUUGGGCGACGACAAGGAAACUUUUCAGGGGCUGCUGCCGGACGGAACGUUGGUACCGUUCGAGAUUGCUAGCCUGGACGGAAACGAGGACGAUGAGGACGUUGAAAUCAAUGUGCUCGACUCUCCCAGUCAAGAACCUGUUAUAUUGAGUACUGAUAGCAUUAUACAAGUGAAUGAGGAUACAUUAGAUUCUAAUUUAGAAUUACUGACUGACGAUAACAGACAAGAAAUAUGUCUGGUUACUUAUGCAAUAAAUGAGAAUGGCGAAGUUACUCAGGAACUAACUGUGGAUCCCCGACUACUUCAAAAUUAGUUGGUUUUAUAUACCAUUGAACCAUUACAUUAUAGUAAACAAUACAUUUUUAUAUUUAUUGAAUUUUAAAUGUGUAAAAUAUAUUGAAUUACAUACAUUUUAGAUUAUGUAACUUAUAUCUAGUUAAAUAUAUAAGAUUUGGUAUCAA